CACAUUUGCUUCGAUUUGGACAAACAGCUGAGGAGGAUUCAUAUUCACUUUGUUCCACUAAAUCUUAUGCAUGUGGAAAACAGGCACCCUCUCAUACGAAGAAUUCGAAAAUGUACUCUUCGACUUCUUGGAAAGGGCCAGAAAAGUUGGAGAUUCUUGGAAUCUGGAAUAUGCUAAGGUAUGAUUAGAAAUCUUGUACAUUAAGUGGCCGGGUCGAUGUGAAGAUGUAAGCAAAUUAAACAUUAAUGUUAUGCCACUAAAUCUGUUUCACUGUCAUAAAAUUUCCAUUCAUUUGAGGGUAACUAAUUUGGAUGUUUAAUGCUCUGCGUGAUUAAUUUUUUAGCUUGAUCUGUUGCAAUUUAAGUAAGUUUUGCCACCAAAACUGGAGUCAUCAAGGAUUUUUUUUUCUUUUUUUGCGACAAGUAAUUAAACAGUACCUUAAGCGUCAGAGAAAACUUCCAAAUAUUAGUUUAUUACAAUGGGAAAACGUAUAAAAUGAAGAAAAAUUAAUAACAAAAAAGGAAGGAUAUAGGCAAGUAAUGAAGAAUAUUUUUACGGAUUCUGAAUGACCAGCUUGAAAAGCUCAGGCUAAAUUUUUCAAGAUUCAAACAAUCGUAACCACGCUAAAUAAAAAAAGGGCUAACUAUUGAAAUUUUUACGGUUUUUUGUUGUUUUUCUGUUUAAUGUGAAAAGGGAAAACGAAAAGUGAAGUACCUUACCAAAAAACAAGUGCAGCUGGGUUUUGAUAAAGCAAGUGAAGCAGAUACAGAGGAAACUUGUGCAGAGGAUAAGAACUGGGGUGUGGAGGAAAUCGACAAUGUAAGGUUUGCUUUCAAUGUGAUAGAAUUAGAACUUAUAGCUUAGAAAAGCUUACAAGUUCAGUCCUGGCCCAGUUUCAUUACAUUGUGUUUGUUGGCAUGACAGUUUAACCAUGCACUGCCUGAUGAUACAUAUUUAUGAAAUAAUGAAUUGAGAUAUUACAAGUCCCCUGAUUGGUUAAACACCUAUUGUUUUUUGCAUCAGGAAACCUAUAAAAAAUUGAAGUUUGUUUAUAACAGCAGUAGACUGUACUUUUAUGCUUGAAAAGUUUGCAAAUCACGACUCCAGCUUGUGAAAUACAAACUUUUUAAAUUUUGUUCUUGCAACAUACAUGUCCUGCAUGGGUUAUGAUUUGGGUAAACCAAUUGGGAAUAUGGUCUCUUGCUUAUGGAUCAAUAAACCACUCAGCUGUACAACAGUUGCAUGCAAACUCAUAUACAGCAGAGCAGGGGAAGGGGGUUGCAUGGGAGGCUGUAGCCUCCCCAAAACAAAAACUUGGAUGACACAGCACCCCGCCUGGUUUUAGUGCUGAAAAUAUUGCAGCAUAAAUGUUGGCAAAAUGUUCAAUCUUGUGAUCUUUUCACAAAGCCUUUUAUCAGCAUAAUUUGUGCUUGGCAAAACUUUUUCAAACAGCUCCUGCUUGUGUUUGAGAAGCAUAUCAACUGCAGCAGUUCUCCAUCACUGAAACUACACAGCAUGUCCAGGAAAUUAAACUUGAUCAAAACUUUUCUGUAGGAACCUAGUAGAAUGCCAGGCUGAAAGUCUGCUUGAAAAAUUGAUUGCCGACACACUCAAAACUGUUGUGUACAUGGCUGUGUGAAAGAUAAGCUCCCCCAUGUUUCAAAACACUUCACCACCUCUAAAACUGUAACAAAAUAUGAUAAAACAGUUGGAUGUGUGGUAGGAAAAUUUUCCUUUUUAGAGUGAUAUUAAUAGAGAAAUUAACUCUAACAUUUUAAAUGAAACCUCUUUCGUAUAUUUGAAAAAGACCCUAUUGUCUCAACAACAACCAAUUCUGUAACACUGCAACAAAAUGUUGGGAAGCUGGCUGGGGGUUAAGCUAAAUGGACAAGUAUCUUAUCCAGGGAGGAAUACCAGUCCUGAGAAUUACUCUAUCAUAUCUAAAUAACAACUAAAGUACCUUUCAUGAUAGCAGAGUAAUUUUAUGAGCAAUCAUAGGAAACUUAAUUGGCAGGACAAGUCUGCUGAUGUUGAAUCAUUUGUACUAAGUAGGCUAGCUUGAUUACAAUUAUGAUGUUAGAUUGUCUCUGUACCCAGUAAUGUGUGAUAUAUGUUUCCGAGAAAAAAAUAUAAAGAAUGGUAAAAUUUGUCGGCACAUCUCUCUUUGCUAGGUGGUUGAUAACACCCCACUCACUAGCUGGAGUGUUAUUUUGAUUAAUAUGUAUUGUAUCAAGUGUUCAAUAUUUCCUCAUAGAUAAUUAUACAGCUUUAGCGAGAAACCUCUUGAGUAAUCCACUGGUUUUAAUAUCAUUUUUACAGGAUUGUGUAACAUCUGGCCAGCUAGAGUCAGAUGUGAAAAAAACAUUUCUGACGUAUGAAUAUCAUGUUAUCUACAGCACCAGUUAUGGUGUCCCAGUGCUUUAUUUUACUGCAAGCAGACAAGGUAAUUGUGAUAUUUUCUGGUGCUUCAUUUUUUAAUGGUAAUUGAACUGAGUGGAGUGCAAUUUGGGCUGAAAUCAUAUGCGUGAUUUCAAAAUUGAAUGAGUGCACAGCGCAAGUUCAAUUUGAAAUCACAAGUAUCAGAUUUUGGACCAAAAUUGCACAACAUGAGGUACAAUUACCACUUUAUUACAUCCAUUUUGAAAUUGCCCAAAUACAGGACUUGGUCAGUUCAAUUAUUUUAUUGAUGCAGUACUGAACCGGUCUGAAAUUAGGUUCAUCCAUUUUUGGGGGGGAAAAGCUAAGGGUUUUGAAAACAAAAGUUGCAAAAUUUGCCACAUGAUAUUCUUUGUCUUUCAUUUUUCUGCAAUUUGAUCUGUUACUUUAAACAAGCCUUGAAAUCUGAUUGGUUGUUUUGUUUUUAGUGUAGCCUCCCCAUUGGCUGGGAAAAAGAUGCAAUUUAAAGCAAAAAUGGUGCAAUUUGUGAAUAAAUCACAGCAGUUAGAGCUAAUCAGAUUAUAGGGACCACCAGUGAUUUCAAAAUGGGUGUAAUAAAUAAGAGUAAGUUUGUGUUGAUAUAAAUCUGAGCUUUGUAUGUUGUAGACAUUACUCAGGGUCUCAAAAUAGUUUCAUUUUUCAGACACUUGAAUAAAACAAAGGUGGCUGUGAACUAUAUUUACUGAUUUUUUCAACCUUAAUAUGUAGCAAGAUUAAUCUUGAUACGCUGAUUAAAAUUCUCAGGUCAAACUAAAGGAAAGCCUCUGAAAAUGUUUGAGUCAAAGGGGGUAUUUCUUAGAAGCUAUGUCAUUAUGGAAACUUUUUAUAUCUGGUAUUUAUAAAUUAAAGAUGAUUACAACUUACUGAGAAGGAACUGGAUAAUUUUUUAUGUCAUUGUAAGAAAACAAUUACUAAAGAGUUAUGAUAUAAUUAUCUAUUAACCUAUUGAAGAAAUGUAAAAUGGUUUCCAUGUUUACAUAGCCUAAUGUAAACACAGAAACCAUUUUACAUUUCUUUUAUAAAAUAAUGAAUGAAAAAGGAAUGAAAACCAUGUUUACAUACGCUCAUGUAAAAUGGUUUUAUGACCAAUCAGAGCGCGCGUACUAUUUGAAUUAUUUUAUAAAACUAUCUAUCAAAUAAAUAUAUUAACCGUUUUUUUUUUCAAUCCAGCUCACAUCUUUUGUUUUAAUGGAAACGAAAGUGUGAGAUUUUUUCUAUUAGUGACCCACAAGCUUAUUAAAGCUUCAUUAGUUAUUUAAAAUGUUUCUUUAUUUUUGAGAUGGUAAAUUAGUCAGUUUAGAAGAAGUUUGGAAAAAUGUACCAGAAGUUUACCAUGAAAGGCUUGAGUUUGAAAAAUGGACAUUUUUAACACAACAGGUAUGAGAGGAAGUGACAGUCAUUCUCUUUACACCCUAAUAUCAUUAUGCACAUUCUCCAUACUGUUCUCUAUAGAUUUCCUAAGCUUCUGGAAAGGAUAAUUUAUGUAACAAUCAAGAGCUUCUUUAGAUAGUUGGUGAUUAUUUCCUAUAUUCUUGAGACUUAAAUGUAUGAUUCAGGGGUGAUAUUGGAAGGAGAAAUUAUAUGCUCAUCACUCUUAACCCUUUAGCCCCUAAGAGUGAUUAGCACUUAAUUUCUCCUCACAAUAUUGUGACCAAAUCACACAUGUAGGUUACGAGAAUAAAGGAAAUGAUCACAAACUAAAGAAGCUCUUGACUAUUAAAACAAAUUCUCCUUGUCAGCACCUUAGAAAAUGUGUAGAGCAUAGUAUGGAGAGUUUGCAUUCUGAUGUUAGGUUGUAAAAGGUUAAGGGAGUUAGUGGUUAUCAAGUUGUAUUCGCUUUGUUUAGAAAAAGUUCUUUAUGAUAGAGCGCUUUUCCACUCAGUGGAAACAAAUCAAAAGUUUUCUUAACAGCCAAUCUGAACCAUUCAGUAAAAUUAUAAAAACAAGAAAACUGCCUUAAAGGCGGGAAACUGUGUCAGACCAAGGGGAUUGAUUGAGAGUUACCAGAGAUUUCUCAGCUUAUCACAAGAUAGAUAAACAAAUCUGAAUGCUUCUUUGGAUAACUCUAACAUUUAAGGUUGAUAGAGAGUGACCAGAGUUUUCUAGACUAAAUCUGAUUGCUAUUGUGGACAGCUUCCAACAUCCAAGUGAAUGUUGCUCUAGCGUUGAUUAUUAAAUUAUCUUUCUGUACAUAGCAUGCUCUCAAAUGUCAACUAGAUACCAUUGCAAGGCCUUCCUAGCCUAUGCUGAGAGCAUUUUGGUAGAGUAGUGGGGUAACAUUGGAAGUUGGCAUUCAUUCACUGAAUUGGUCUUUUUCAAUAGGAGUGAGACUUCUGACCAAUUGAGAAUGGGCAGGGAGUUAGGAAAAACAUAUUUGGCCCUCCCUCCUCCGGUUUUACCUUUUUUACUCCUCCUGGGAAGAAAUCUUUUUCUCUCUCUGAUCAUCCCAUGCUUUGAAAUUCAACACGAAUCUUUUUGUAAUAAAACUGUCACAUUUUGUCUCUAGGAACAUCCACACCUUGGGGUUCCAUUUUACCAACUUCAUCCUUGUCACACGGCAGAUAUGAUGAAGAAAAUUGCAGGUGUCGCUGAAGAUCAAGAGGAAAAUGUUUCUGCAAACUACCUUGUAACAUGGCUGAGUACGGUUGGGCCAGUUGUGGGCCUGAAAAUUCCCACAGAAUACUCCACCUAACAUUGGCUGAACACAAGAAAAUCUGAAUACUCUGAGAAAUAGUAGAGCAACGAAGCCAAGUAAGCCUGGGACUGGCUUCCUUACUGGUUUGGCUGUGAGAAGAUAUUGUCUUUAAAGGCCUUCUAACACCAAAUUUUUUUUGGAUUGGACCCCUGGGGUGGGUCGUUCAAAGCUGGGUUAAGAUAACCAGUGGUUAAUGUGAAAUCUGAUUUCAGAUCUAAUAACUUUAAAAGAAAAUUCAGUCAAAUUCUUUUCGUCUAGAAUAGGACUAUUUAAUGCUCUUAAAAGAACACAGGAAUUAUCCCAAAAAUGCUUUUGAAUAAAGGAAUGAAGAAACCCAGAUUAAAAUUUAACAUUGGGUUAGCGCUAAUCAGCCUUCAAACAACUGGGCCCAGGUUCACAAAUUACUUUCCUUUUCACCCAAGUCCUCUUCUGUGAUGCAGGGA